UAUUAUUUAAUCGUAGAGCCGUAGACGCACGAUAAAGGCCGGCGAUUUUUGGAGGAAAAAAAGAGGCAAAACACUCAACUCUCUCCUAUUUAUACACGAAACGUCAUCUCAAACGUGACUUAUAAUGUAUAUAUAUUAUGCUCUUUGUUCAUUACAAGUAAUCGCUCAGUUUAUCCCGAACGUAACCAGAUGGCGCUGCGCUGCGCUCACUGGGCCAUUAUUAUGCCAAAUCGAUGUCGGAGAUCAUCGUCUGCCAGCCGUUGGAUGAAUAAAAACAAAACCUGACUGUGCAAAAACGUUUCCGAUGGACAUUUGAAUAACCGGCAUCGAAGUCCGACCGUUUGUUUUUGCGGGAAUUCAGUGAGUUGCUUGAAUUCUCUCGCCAGACGCGCAGAAUAUGAAGCUAGUGAUCGUUACGAGUAAUUGAAAAAAUCCCGUUUCGAUCAAAAUGAUGCACGACGUUACCAGCAUGCCUACGUCUCCGGUUCUCGAUCUCAACGUCGAUCCGUCAAGGCAAAGAUAUCCGUUUUGCAUAGUGUGGACACCUAUUCCCAUACUAACCUAUUUGUUUCCUUUCAUCGGUCACAUGGGAAUAGCGACUUCUGGUGGGAUCAUCCGUGAUUUUGCAGGACCUUAUGUUGUUUCCGAAGACAGAAUGGCUUUUGGCUGGCCAACCAAAUACUGGCAACUGGACUAUACCAAAGCUAAAGGCCGAGUGCAGGGGUGGGAUUCCUCUGUGCACGAGGCUAGCGAAAUUUACAAAGGCAGAGUGCACAAUUUGCUAUGCGACAACUGUCAUUCACAUGUAGCGACAGCUUUAAACUUAAUGUCUUAUGACAAUCGCAACAAUUGGAACAUGGCUAAACUAGCACUGUACGUGCUUAUUUUUGGAAAAUAUGUUAGUUUUGGAGCAAGAGUAAAAACUUGGGCUCCCUUCAUAGUACUGAUUACAAUCUUAUUUCUACUCUCGUACUUGUUGUAAAGUUUCAUAGUUCUAGUAAGAAUAAGUAUGUGGAUCAUUUUAUAUCACUUUUAUUAAAAAAAAAUCUCGAUGUACAUAUGUAUGUAAAUAGAGGUCUAUCUAUAAAUUCUCGCGAGUGAGCAUUGCAUGGCAAUAAUUUAAGCUUUUGUAAAAGAAUAGAUACUUUGUACAAGGACAAAAAGUUGGAUGUUUUGAUUUACAAACAGGAGCGCAUAAUUUACAUAUAUACUAUAUCCUUAAUGUAAAAUUUAAAGCACUGUAACUUAAAGAGUGUUCAUAACAUUUAACAUGUGUACAAAUUUGUAUAUAUAGUAAUGGCAAACUUCAUUCUUCGUUCUGACUGUCCAUUUCAGCGAUGACACUUCGUUCUACACUAAAUUCAUAGUCAUAGUUAUCGGCGUUAAUUCUUUUAAUAAAAGACUCUAUUUCAUUUAA